AACUUCUUAAAUUAAGUACCUUAUACUAAACUAUUGUCUUUUAUAUUGUUUUUACAUAUUAGAUCUUCGCAGUACUUCCGUUAUGGAUCCAAGUUUCAUGGAAAAAUUCAAUUAUAAGAAGCGUUGAGUUACUUUCUGAUAUAGUUCUCAGAAUCACGUUCUUCAAACAUAAAAUACACAAUAAAAGUUUGUUUUUGACAGUAAGCAUGAAGUUGCGAAAAUAUUAUUAUUCAUCGAUAACGAAAGUGCAAAUAUCGACAUAUUGCGUGUCAGUGGGUUAAUAUCAUUACGCGUAGUAAAGAUCUGAUCCCUUUCGCCGCCAUUUUCAAGACGCUUAGAUGGAGAGAAAACAGCGUACUACAUUUUCCGUAAGGUGGUUGUAAACAAGAAAGCUAGGCGAAAGAAACGCUUUUCUGCCAAAGACAACGAACAGUUACUGCGAUAUGGCGAAAUCUGUCCUAAGUUCAGAUACAUUACCGAAAGCAGGACGAGUUAACGAAGUGUGCCGCGAAUGGCUCGUGCACGAGGAUGGAGCACUUGCAUAUCGUCUUCAAGACGAAGAAAUCAGAGAACAUUAUACUGGCAAUAAGGUUCGCAAUGCUCAAGUAAGGGAGGAUUUGCCAAGAGCACGUGUUGAACAGGAGUUAGAAACACUCAGAUAUCAAUCUUACGUUCAACAGCAGACUUCAUUUUGUAGGGAAGAAAGAGAUGCCCUGGUUGCCAGACAAAUUGCAUUAUCUUUGGAACGAGAAGAAAGGAAAAAGGAACGAGAGUUACAGGAACAAAUGAGAUUGCAACUGAGAUUGGAUGAUGAAGCUGCUCAGCUUGAAAUUGAUCGUCAUAUUCAAGAAGAAAAAGAUGAGGAGUUGGCAAGAAAACUGCAACAGGAGGAAGAAGAAAGUGCUAUAGAUAGUCAGGAUGGACCAAUGAAUGAACAAUUAUUAUUAGAUCAAAAAAUUGCAAUGGAAGCACAGGAUGCUGAACUAGCACGUAUGCUUCAAGAAAAAGAACGUAUAAAAGCGAGGAAAGCACGACAAAGAGCGAGGCAAAGAAAAUUAGAGCGGCAACAACUUCAAGAGCUCGAUGAUCAGAACCCCUCGGAAAAGCUACAAAGACCUGAUAAGCUAGACUUAAAGAAUGUACAAAGCAAGAGUAGGGUACAGACGCAAAAUUAUCCGCAUUACUCGGACCCCGAAGAGAUACAAACGUUAGACGAUUCUGGCGAAAAUAUACGAGAAGUACCCAACGUGGCUGCUAUUAUUGAUCCUACAUAUAAUGGAAAUUUACAUCGAAAUACUUCGAGCAGCUCAAGCAGUACAGUGAGCCCAACUCAUGCGUUACCUACACCGCCGCCAGAACUCAUGAAUGACGAUGCUCCAUGUUAUAUGCCUAUACAAGGACAACGACGAAAUCAAAUGCAAUCCCCGUCUCAAACUCACGAAGAGAAGCAUAAACGUCGCGUAAAAGAUAGUUGCAAGCAGCAGUAAAAGCAGUAUCAAGCAAGGCUCUUUAUUAAUGAUAAGUAUUUUUCAAUAACGGAAAUUUUCGUUGCCAUGAAAAGAGAAUGUAAGUUACUUAUUGUAUGUAAGUUAUUUAGGAAUCAUAUUUUUAUUAGAUUCGUAUUUGUAUCGGUGAAACUAAGGUUUACAAUAAGAACAAAUGUAAUUACUGGACUGCAAAUAUUUAUGCACUUAUGAUAUAUCAAAAUCUGCAAGGCAUAAAGAUAUACAGUCUAGUAAUUACAUUUAUAUUAUACACUUUUCUGUUCAAGAGUUGUACUUGAAGCAUAUCUCAACAUAAUGUGAAUGUGCCUUUGAAAUGGAUACGGUGUAAAACAGAAUCAAAACUUCAAUGAAUAUUUGAAUCUCACUAAAUAUUCGAUUGCACCGUCCUGAAUCUCAAAUCUGCCUUUUACGAUCUAUAUUCGUAUUUAUUCUAAAAAUGAUAUUUCUGUUAAUAUAUUGUAUAAUGCUAAUGAAAAGAGAGUUCUAUGACAAAAAAUAUAAUUAACAGAAUAGACAAUCAGAACGAUAAAUAAUAGAUUUGUCUAGCAACAAGUAACAAUCAUGUACAAAGAUUGAUCAUUUGAACUGAAAUCAAAUGACUAUCUGAACGAAAUUUAUUAUAGAUUUAAUAUAUUUGUACGAUUUUUGCUUGAUUUUUUAGAGCGAAUGUGUUUUGUCUUUAAAUUAAGGUGCAGAAUAAACAAAUAAUUUACUGCCAAAGAUAACAUUUAAUAAUGAAUAUGUUGUGCCGGACCUGGUGUUAGCAGAAACGGAAAAUUCGCUUUAAAAUCAUGUGAAACUAUUAAUACGUGCUGAUAAAUGUGUUUCAUACAUAAUAAUUUAAAUGAUUUUCAGUCUGUUGUAGUUCAAAGACAAGGAAACACGUAAGUGUACUGAUAAUUUAUACGAUGCUUUAACUCCUUUGAUCUAAGUUCAAUAAUCAUGACAUAGAUAGAAUGUACCAAUCAACGAAACAUAGAUGUAUUUGUUUAUAGUAUUAUUUAAUAUCGUUUAAGUAUUUAAGCCUAACGAGUUAUUAUUUAUGGUGAUUGGAAAUUUAUUCGAUGGUAACAGUAUGUAUUAAUUCUUUUUUUACAUUUAUUGUAUGAAUACAGCUAUACAUGGGUAUAUUAAUAAAUUAUUUACAAAGUUA